UAAUAAAGCUUUUUAAUUCGAGAAUCUCAACCCUCCGAAAGCACAUGAAGGGAGAACAAAGUUUGGUAUCCAUUCCAAUCAAAUUGUGCCGUUGAUUCAGGCAAGUUUUUUACAAGUUUGAUCCUCCUAAUGCGAUCUUAUCUGCCAAAUUCUUAUCCUACUUUUCUUAAUGUGAUUGGAACGCUGCUCCCUUGUUCGUCAGUGGUGAGAGGUAAUAUACUAAUAUGCCAUUUGGAGUGAAGAAGAAGACUCAUGGCAUUUUCACAACUUGAGAUAUGAGAUUCAUUUGUAUGUGGACUCUCAGAGUGCAUUUCACAGCCAAUUCCAAGGAAACCAUUUCCCUGUCAAAUAUUUUCAACUCCCACUUCCACUCCUUAUAUAUUUUCACUGGACAUCUCAUUUUACAACAUACCCCAACCAAAGUAGACAUACAACAUACCCCAACCAAUGUCUACUUUGGUUGGUUCAUCUUCAUUUGCAACUGUCAACACAAAGUAUCCCAACAAAACAUACAAAACAUUGGCCACCUGUGUGGACAACUCGAGAACAUCCCAACCCACUCCAAGCCAUCAUCUCUCAGUCUCAGAUCAACCCCGAUUCGACAAUCCCGUUUCCAAGUUAUUGAAGUUUUACAGACCAUGUUUGACAGAUUUUGUUUCACAAACAGCUACUAACCCGAACCCCGAACAACUCCCUCAGCCUCGGAGAACUUUCAUUGAAGAUACCAAAGGAGAAGAAGCGAAGAAAGAUUACAUAUGGAUGAAAAUGAGAGAGGAGUCUUAUAUGGAUGUUGAACGGGAGCCUAUCUUGUCUAGCUAUUAUUUUGCUUCAAUUUUGGCUCAUAAUUCUUUAGAAAGCGCUCUGGCGAAUCAUCUUGCAAAUAAACUGAGCAACUCUACCCUGCCUGUGCAUACCCUUUACGAUAUAUUUUCUGGUGUUCUUUAUGAAGAUCAGGAAAUUUUGGAAGCCAUAAAAGAAGAUUUGAAGGGAGUGAAAGAGAGAGACCCAGCAUGCACAAGUUAUGUGCACUGUUUCUUGAACUACAAAGGUUUCCUUGCAUGUGAAGCUCAUAGGGUGGCACAUAAUCUAUGGUUGCGAGGCAGAGAGGCCUUGGCACUAUUGAUUCAGAAUAGGGUGUCUGAGGUGCUUGCAGUGGAUAUCCAUCCCGGGGCCAAGAUCGGAUGUGGCAUAUUGCUCGAUCAUGGCACCGGGGUAGUGAUAGGAGAGACGGUGGUGAUGGGAAACAAUGUGUCAAUUCUGCAUAAUGUGACUUUGGGAGGAACAGGCAAGGAGUGUGGGGAUAGGCACCCAAAGAUUGGAGAUGGGGUACUAAUAGGGGCAGGGACCAAUGUGUUAGGGAAUGUAAGGAUUGGUGAAGGUGCUAAGAUUGGGGCUGGUGCUGUUGUGUUAAAAGAUGUACUUCCAAGAACUACUGCAGUUGGGAACCCAGCAAGAUUGGUUGGGAGGAAUGACCUGUUUAGGCUUGACACAGUCCAAGCACUUAACCAUGUUAUUUAGCACUUAAACACUUCAAUCUCUUACCAUUUACCAUCUGUAUUCACCAUACAAUGUUUUAUGUUACCAAGCAAUUAUUAUGGCAAACAAUCUGACAAGAGAAUAUUAAGAUAGGGUAAGGGGCGGAUCUAGACCUUUUUGGCCAAGUGGCCGCCUGACCAAGAAUUUUUAUUUAAAAAAAGGUACAUAUGUUAGCCAAAAAAAAAAUGUUCCUAUCUUUAGCUGCCAGCUAGUCAGCAAUAUAUUCUCUUCUCCUUGUUA